GCAAGAGGGAGGUGAGCUGCUAUUUUUGUCUUUCCCCCAGCUAGAAAGAGAAGUGUUCAUAGGGGGUGGCCUUCCUUUUCGCCUUCUGGACCUCUCCCGAUCAUAGAAACUUCUGGAGAAGCGGCUCCUGGACUACAAAAGGAAGUCGGAGCCACGGCGGGAGAGUCGACAUGGCGCUGGUGUGCUACAACAAAUGCUGCGGGCAGACUUUUGAUGCAAACAACAACAAGGAUGAUUCCUGUCUCUUCCAUCCUGGAAACCCCAUUUUCCACGAUGCACUCAAGGGUUGGUCAUGCUGCCGCAAGAGGACAACAGACUUCUCGGAAUUUCUCUCCAUCAAGGGCUGCACCCGCGGGCGCCAUAGCAACGAAAAACCCCAAGAGCCUUUGCUGCCCGAAGUGUCGUCCGACAAGGCUGACAGUAAAAUCGGCAACGGCCAGGAGAUCAUCUACCAGGGUCCCAAAUCUUCUGAAAAGCUACAGAAAGAGAGACCAAGUUCAGACGAAGCCAAGACCAAAUUGCCCCUCAAGGUGGCGCCGUCCCUCGCGAAGGAGCUGGAGAAGCUGAACAUAAACGAGAAGGCGGAAAAGGAGAAGAAAGAGAGCCAAUAUGUGCUGCAAGGCACACGAUGCAAGAAUUCAGGAUGCAGAACAAGCUAUCAGAGCCCAGAAACUAACCAGGAGGACUGCACGCACCAUCCUGGUGCGCCGGUCUUCCAUGAGGGAUACAAGUACUGGAGCUGCUGCUGCAUUAGGACCGUAGACUUCAAUGCCUUCCUGGAACAGAAGGGCUGCACAACCGGAAAACACCGUUGGGUCCCCAAGCAGGACAAGAAGAAGGUGGCGUGUCGACAUGACUGGCACCAGACGGCAAACAGCGUCGUGGUGACGAUCUACGCCAAAAACGCCAACGCCGAGUACAGCUGCAUCGAGGCCAACGGGACCGUGGUCUCCUGUCAUGUCCAGUUUGAAAGCAACAAGAUCUUCAAGAGAGACUUUCACCUUUGGGGGGUCAUCAGUGUCCAGCACAGUGUUGUCAACAUGGUUCCAUCCAAAGUGGAGAUUACUCUCCGCAAAGCUGACCAGGUGUCGUGGGGCAAACUGGAGGACCCCAACUACAAACCCGAGCCGGAGCCCACGGCCGACGACGCCCAGGAGUCGCAAGAUCCCGACUGGGACAUCGACGACGAUGACAUCAGCGACUCGGACGAGGAGUGGGCCUACGACACGGCGCCGACAAAGACGCAAGUGGAGGCGGGCGGAGGCGAACGGCGGGCCGACGUGAAAGAGGUGCAGAAUGUAAAGAGGGAGGAGGUAGAGGAGGAGAUGAGGAAGGCCAUAGAGAACGAGAGGAAAGCCGAGGAGAAGAUGGAGGAACUCAAGAGGCAGCAGGAAGAGGAGGGAUAUGAAGAUAUGCCUGAACUGGAAUGAAACAUCCAGAGUAUAAUAAACAAAAAAUAAUAAUUGAUGUUACACUCAGAAACAUCAAAAUCAUUUUAAUGCUAAAAUGUAAGUUCCAAUGAAAGUGUUUGUGUAAUUGUCAGUUUGUGAUAAAUCACAAACAUUUGAUAUGAUUAACAUCUACGAUAGCAUACAUAUUACUCCCACACCAGUAGAAUAACAUUAGUUUCACCUUGUAUAGUGGCAAAUUUCAAUUUAACUAAUUACUUUUUUUUGCAGUAAACGUUUCUGUAACUUGCAAAUAAAAUUCUAUAUAAAUACACAAAA